CACAGAGAUCUCUUCAGAAUGCAUCCUGAAGUGAAUAUGUUGGCGGCUGUGGUGGUUUUAUUCAUGGCGUCCGGCAUGAGUGAUGCUUUGAAUGUGACUAAAUGCAGUCUGAAGCAGCAACUUGAAACAUCUCUUGGGCUGACUGCCAAUACAACCAACCUUCUGUCUAAAAUUGUGUGCCACGUCUCGCUGACCUCCAACUUCAGUACCAGCGCCAUUAAUGAAGUCUAUGACACAAAAGAGGCACACAACGUCCAAAUAAUUCAAGAGAGAAGAAAACUGAAGGUUGAGCACAAGAAAACUGUGUUGUGGACCAUGUAUGGCUUGUUCCAGCUUAGUGACCAUGUGGUGUGCGCCUCCGCACACAGCCAUAAACCAAACCUCUGCAAACUGAGCUGCCAAAAUCUGCUUAACGAUGACCUCACUGAUGACUUGGCGUGCAUCAAGCUUCUUAUCACUAAAGUGUUUCAUCACCAUGAAACUGUUGCAGACAUCCAAGAAUUGCUUUUGUUCUUCGAUCCGCGUUGUGCCUCUGUCACGGAUGCUACAUACUUCCCUGGAUGUCCACAAUAAAGAAUUCUCAACUCUCUUCAUUAAAUUGUGAUCUUGAGAGAAGCUGUAGUUUCACACUUAGUCAUAUUCUUAGCUUUUUGGCCAGAAAUAACA